CCCCAACUGUGGCCCAGGAAUGGCUCCCUCUCAGGUUUCCGACCCACCUCCUCUUCCAGCGCUGCUGUCAGUUCCAAACUCUCAAACACAACCCUUUGUUCCCGGCCAGGGGGCGACAGAUGACAGUUCAAAGGGCAACGGCCAAAGCCGAACGGCGCCCUGGACUGCCAUACCCGCCAGUAAUGGCAACUUUGUCCCAAGCCCGAUGUCCCCUGAGAUAACCGCCUCAAAAAUAUCACUUGUUGAACCCAUUAAAGAGACGAGGCCCGACGCCGCACAAAGCAGGGUUUAUACGUCAAAGGCAACGUUUUAUGAGAUCUCUAAACCUCCCUCCAUCCAGGACCUGUCGUGCCGGUGGCCAUUGCUACCUGACGAGUACAAGAAAACCGCUGUUUCAGUGGUGAAAGCUGAACAGAAAUGGAAUUCGCCAACCUCCCAAUGUGGAAGACCUAAGACUCCCUCUUCAGCACCAGCUCGAGUGUCCACGCCCUUCAUUGAAAUAUCCAAACCUAACCCACUUUUAUUUGCUGUUUUCAAGGCCUCCCAAGAGCCACAAGCUCCUACAAUUACAAACGAAGGCCCAAGACAGAAAUCAACGAUUCAAACCGGUGUUACCAGUAAACUGCCAGCUGCCCAACAGGAACUAAAAAGGACUGAUGUGCAUCACAUUACUGCUAUCAAACCAGUCAGCGGUUAUGAAGAGACAAAACGGAGUACGAUAAAUCUAAACUUAGCAUCUAGUGUGACUGUACUUGACUCUGCUGCGGUGAAACCAGCACCAAUAGAACCAGUCAUCCCAAUGCUACAAAUUAGCCAGGUUUCUGAAAGUGAGGCUUCGUCUUUGCCAAAAGUCCCAUCAUUUCUUUCUACUGUGGCAAAUAAUUCAAAUCUGGACGCUACGGCAGUGAUUUCCAUUCAAGCACCUCUGAGCCCCCGGCCGUCCCCUCAUCGCCCCCCGGCGCUGGAUGCACGCAAGUCUUUGUCCUCACUAUUGGAGAAUCAAAUGUCAUUAGCCACCUCAAAACCCAAAUCACGAUCAACAUAUUAUGGGCUAACUCCAUCUGAGUAUGCUGCCUACGGAGGGAUAAGGACUAAAGCUUCCCAUCGCAGCCCUGCGCCCCCCAGGGUUAACGGAACCUCUUCAAACCAAACCGGCAUAGCUUUAAACGUGUCCCGGUCUGAUGGAACACAAGAACUCAAUGGACAUCAAGAUCUUCUGUCCCCAAUGGAGCUCACUGGUGCUAAAAUCGUACAGCACCAAAGGGAUCUUGAGCUUCCGGCUGAGCGGAUCGUCACUCCUAGCAAAGAUGUUUUUGAGGAAACUCAGUCUGCAGCUCAAAGUGUUGGAACCAAAUCAGUAAAAACAUCUAGCGUGGACACAAUAAAACCAGAGCUUCCCAUUGGCUUGUCAGAGAACACAAUGCAGCAAUCCACAAGUGAUGUAUCCACCCCAAAAGCCUCAUACUCUGAGGAUCCAAUACCAAUGUCUAAAGCAGGCCUCAGUCUCAGUCAAACCUCCAUCCCCAAACAGAGGACAAUCACCGCCAUCUCAGCGAAAAACUGGACUCAAAGGCAAGGCAAAGGAACCAACGGCCCCGCCGACGGCGGCCCCGGCGUUCGAACCCUCCAGGAAGUCAGCGACAUCAACUGCAUCUUCAACUGCUGACGAGAAAGCCGUGGCGGCGGGGACAUGCCGGCCGUCCACUGAGCACAAAGCGGCCCAGAAGCCGAAAGGCCUCAAGGGGAAGCUCAGCGGAUGGACCCGGCUCAAGAAACACAUGG